AGCUCAUCGACGGUCUCGUCAAUGCUCUGUCUCAAGUCUUCCGACAAUAUUUACUUUUCUUCAAUCUGACUGCUGGGUCCCUUUGUUUUCUGGAUGUCCUUGCUCACUCUAUCAUCCGGUCGGAACCCUGGGUGGGUCCUGGCCUGCUCAACCAUCAAGCAAUGUAUGCCAUCAUGCCGGCCGAAGUCGUAGUCCCCCUAAAUAUGAUAUAAAACAAGUUCCCGAUUCACGAGAGGGCAUCCGCACAUCAGUAUGACCCUCCCACCGACCACCCAAAGGGCCCUUGUCCUUACCGACAAGCAUGGCGUCUUCGUCGUCACCCACGUCCCCGUCCCCCACCCCGGGCCGGGCGAGUUGCUCAUCAAGAUACAUGCAUCCGCUCUCAACUCUCUCGACAUCAAAGUGCAGGAAUACGGCGUAUUCGUGACACACUACCCUGCGGUGCUCGGCAUGGACAUCGCGGGGACCGUGGAGACGCUGGGCGAAGGCGUAGUUGGAUUUGAGAAGGGCGAUCGGGUCAUCGUGGAAAGUUACUACGAGAACUCGCACGCCGGGUUCCAGCAAUACACGCUCGCGCGCGCCGAUCUCGUCGCCAAGAUCCCGUCUAAUAUCUCAUUUGAGCAAGCUGCUACCCUCCCCGUGGGGCUUCUCACCGCCGCACUCGGCCUUUUCACCCAGAAUCUGCCCCUAGACGCUGCACACGAAGGUGCGGGUCCCUUUGGCAGCGCAGGGCUCUUUCCGCCCUGGGACGCGGGCGGGCGUGGGAAGUACGCAGGAAAGCCAUUCCUCGUCCUUGGUGCGUCUGGAUCUGUGGGACAGUAUGUUGUUCAGCUCGCGAAACUCGCCGGUUUCUCCCCGAUCAUUGCCACCGCCUCCCCGCAUAAUGCGCCCCUCCUUCUCUCCCUCGGCGCAACGCACUUCCUCGACCGGCACCUUUCCACGUCCUCUCUGCGUGCCGAGAUCGCGAAGAUUACCUCUGCACCGUUCGAGGUCAUCUUCGACGCCGUGUCAUUCCCGCAGACGCAGCAGGAGGCGUACGACAUUCUCGCGCCGGGAGGGACGCUCGUUCUCGUGCUGCCGCCGAAGAUCAAGGUGAAGCCAGAGGAGCAAAAGCGCGUGGUGAAGGUCUUCGCGUCAGCGUAUGUGUGUGAGCAGAAUCGGGCUCUCACGUCGAGCUUGUUUAAGGCACUUCCCGGUCUGCUCGAGGAAGAGACUAUCAAGCCUAAUCCGGUCGACCUCGUCCCUGGAGGAUUGGGCGCUAUUGCAGACGCGUUGGUGCGCUUCACCAAUAACAAAGUGAGCGGCGUCAAGUUGGUCGUGCGCCCUCAGGAGACACAAUGAGCCGUGCAUGAACGGGAUCGCGUGUGGCCGAACUGGACACAUGUGAGACGACUUUGAACUUCAGAUCUGAGGAUACAUACAGUUAUGGAGGCUGUAUUUAAAUGUGUAAAACAUUGAUACAUUGCGCGACUCGUUAUAGAUGCGGUCAUCGAAUGCGAACAGAUGUUCGUUAUGUAAAACCG